AUGCCCAGCACUGGUGGUGUAAGUGUUACCCUCCUUGAAACUAGUGAUGACGCCAUCAUCGGGCAUAUCAAAGUGCAUGUGUACAACACCAUCUUGCUGUCUGCUGUGGAGCAGGCUUUCAAGGGCAUGGAAGGAGAUCAAGAGCAGGUGCUGAUAGAGAUCCUGGAUGUAAGCUCAUCUGAGUCAGAGAAGGAGAAGGAUGUGUUGAAAUCACUGAAGGCUGGUCUCAUCAAGCAAGUUGUGGACCUUGGUGGGAAGUUUGCCAACAGACCUUUCCCAUGGAUCCUGAUGCCUAGUUCCCUCACUAAUGACCAUCUAUGCAUCAAGGGGUAUCCUGCACACUUGAGUUUGAUGCCAGGAGAAUCUCAUAACAUCAAUUCAUGGAGUAAAGGUGUUGCGGGACUGACACAACAUGAAGUCAAUGUGCUUGCUCAUUUGUUGAAGGCAAAGACAAUGCACAUUGUUAAGGUAACCAAAACCAUAGGAGGUGCAGUGAUAGCCUCCAAGGAGCCUGUCAUCAUUGGCAAGGCCCCUCCAGCAGACUCUAUUUUCCAAAAUGCAAGGCGGAUGUUUGUUAAUGGAACAUUUGAUUAUGGUGGCCCUCCAUGCCUUCAAGCCAGCUCUGCCAUUACCAGGAAGAAGAAGCCAAAGGUCCCCAUGUCAGUACACACUCACGAUGAUGUUAUGGGUAUUGUGGCCAAAGACACCAUGACAACCAUCCAGAAAACCAACUUGCAUCCCGAGGUACUCAUACCUCCUCCAUCACAUCCAUUUAAGCUUGCAAAGCAACUCCCUACUUAA